AUGCGUGUGAGAUUUGCAGAGAACGCAAAGUCCGGUGCGAUCGAGGUCUGCCAAAAUGCAGGUGUGUUUUACGACCCCGGCAGCAUGUAUCUCAGUGCAAACAGCCUCGCGCCUAUACCAAGUAUGAGACCCUAUAACCAAGCUCAUCAGCGUCGCACACGCGAUGAACAGUUGCAGCAGCUCCAAGAGCGUCUCGCCAAGACUGAGGCUCAGCUCGCCCUCAAUAACACGCCGAGGGCGCCUUCCAUGGUGCGACCGCAAUCGCGGUCAGAUGUUGGGGAGCAAGCCAUCUCAUCACGGUGGCCAGAGACGCCGGAUCCGAUCACGCCAAAUACGAGCUCGCGACGAAGCUCACAGUAUCAACUGCCGGCGGUGACUGCUUCGCAUACACAGAUAUUACCGGCUCCGGGGUCAUCGGUCACCAGCACCCCGAUGAAUAUGGACAAAUCCAGGAAGAUGAGCGCCGUCAUCGAUCUGCCAACGAAUGGCUCAUCUCUGCUCGACAUUGAUCUCUUCACCUCCUUUACCGAAGGAGAAGACACCAGUAUGACAUUCGAUUGGACAAACCAGCCGCUGGCGGCGCUCGAACCACUAGACAACCUCAUCCUUAACCGUCUUUCACCGCAAUCGUUGCCUCAUAACGGCCCGGAAGAAGAUAUCUCUCCAGCAGAACUGAGCAUCCUACACAAUCACUACUUCGAAUCCAUCUACUAUUCAUUUCCCUUCCUCAACAGAGAUCGGUUCUUGUCAGACUCGACGGGCGGCAGCGGCCCCGCGGUAAGCGCUUUGGUGUACGCGGUGGCCCUCGCCGGCUGCGCGCACUCUCCCAAAGACCCAAACCGACAGUCUACUUGCUACACUCUGGCACGCAACUAUGCGGAGAAGUGCGAGCGAGACGGCGGCCUGAACGAUAUCAACUUUCUGCAGGCUUUGCUGUUCAUCGGCCGCUUCGAGGCUAUGGAUCGGAAACUAGAAAGAAGCUGGCUUACUCUAGGGCGCGCGGCCAUGCUUUGUAGGCUUUUGAGACUACAUCGAAUGGACGAGAGUGACGAUGAUGACCAGUCCCAGGAUGACAGCAGCCCAAGCGGGCCUCUUUCAUGUCUGCCGCCCACUGAUGAUCCGGUCCUCUUGGAGGAGCGACGGCGGACCUUUUGGGGGCUAUAUAUCUUGCAGAGCUAUGUGAAGACACGGACUGGGUGGCAAUGCCAGUUGGGCGACGUGAAGAACUUUCGAAUCCACCUGCCUUCACCAGGGCUACUUCGAUCUGAUCUGGUACCACUCAACAUGCCAUUGCUGUCAAACAUACAAACCGAUCACGGGCAAGAAAUCUCAUCCUAUGCAGGCUGCGUCCUAAUGGUAGACCUAGCCCUACGCUGCUUCGACCACGGGCAACAACGCGCCACACCCGGAUUCUGGGACGGCUACUGCGCCCUAGUCAAGACCACUGACGAGCUCUUCAGCAUGCUCAAACGGCAUCUCAACGCCACGUCCAUCCGCGAAGACCCGGUGGCUUUCAGCCUGUACCUCAACCUCCGCGCCACCGAAAUCUUCUCCCACGAGUCAGCCAUCACGCAGAGCGAGGAGCAAGGGUUGCCGCCGCUCAUGACGACCGAGAGCCAGCGACGUGCCACGGCGGCCGCGUUUCAGAUCUCCAGCGCGGUGCGGCUCAACUUACCGUCGCCGUGGAAGGCUGACAGCGACAUCAUUAUGCUGCAGGCUAUCUUUAUUGCUUGGCCUCUGACCAUGGCCCUCAAAGCGUUGUAUCGAGAACUCGUGCAGGGUGGGAGCCGCGAGACUGUGAAUGGAGUCGUGGCUUCGUCGAGGUUACUUUUUGCGGCUUUGGACCAUAUCGAGGAGUCUGGUGGGCAUUGGCACCAGUGUGUAUCUCACGUUGAGGCGAAACUCCAGGAGUGGGAUGAAAAGAAUGGGUUCGACUCAUUGGCGUUGUGA